AUGCUACGGGUCUCUAGAAACUUUUCAGGGCGUAAGGAAAGCCUAGAGAGUCAAGCAACCUUAAAUCCAAAAAUGCCCGAUGACGAUGUCAUAAUGAUUAUCGAAUUGAAUGGCUUGGGAGAUAGGUCCGUUCUUCACACCAUUUAUUGUAUGCAACCUGUAUGA